AUGGCCAGGAUGCUGUCCAACUUUGGCAAAACCCUGCUGCGCCGCCGGGCGCUGGACUUCUCCAGUGAAGAGACGCAGUUCGCCCGCUGCUUAUCCACCCUGGACCUCAUCGCUUUGGGGGUGGGCUCCACCCUGGGCGCUGGCGUCUACGUCCUCGCAGGCGAGGUUGCUAGAGAGAAGGCGGGACCGGCCAUUGUCUUAUGUUUCCUCAUCGCCGCCCUGUCCUCCAUGAUGGCUGGCCUGUGCUACGCCGAGUUUGGCGCCCGUGUGCCCAAGACGGGCUCCGCGUACCUCUACAGCUACGUGACGGUGGGAGAAAUAUGGGCCUUCAUAACGGGGUGGAACCUCAUCCUCUCUUAUGUCAUUGGUACGGCCAGUGUGGCCAGGGCUUGGAGCUCGACCUUUGACAACCUGGUCGAACAAAAAAUAUCCGGCUUCUUUAAAGCAUCCAUGGAAAUGAAAGUGCCUGGAAAAGUGCUAGCGGAGUAUCCGGAUCUGUUUGCCCUAAUCCUGGUCCUGCUGCUAACCGGUCUCUUGGCCUUCGGCGUGAGCGAGUCGGCGCUGGUGAACAAAAUCUUCACGGGAAUCAAUUUGGUGGUCCUGGGCUUCGUCAUCAUAUCCGGCUUCGUCAAGGGAAACGUUGACAACUGGAACCUCGAGAAAGGCGACUACCUUGACUACAGGAACAGCACCAAUGUCACCCAAAAGGAACUGACAGAAAAGUUUGGUGUAGGUGGUUUUGCCCCGUUUGGCCUCAGUGGAGUCUUAUCUGGCGCUGCCACCUGCUUCUACGCCUUUGUGGGCUUUGACUGUAUUGCCACAACAAGUGAAGAAGCUAAGAACCCCAUGCGGUCCAUCCCCAUCGGCAUCGUGGCCUCGCUGCUCAUCUGUUUUUUCGCCUACUUUGGCGUGUCAGCAACCCUGACCAUGAUGAUGCCGUAUUACCAGUUGAACAUUGACAGCCCUCUGCCCGAGGCUUUCAGCUACGUCGGCUGGGCGCCAGCCAGAUACAUCGUGGCCGUGGGUUCUCUCUGUGCGCUGUCCACCAGCUUACUGGGCUCCAUGUUUCCCAUGCCUCGGGUUAUUUACGCCAUGGCCGAGGACGGGCUGCUGUUCCGGAUUCUGUCCCGGAUGAAUGCUCGCACAAAGACCCCCAUCCUGGCUACCAUUGUUUCUGGAAUCAUUGCAGCGCUGAUGGCGUUCCUGUUUGAUCUGGCGGCCCUGGUUGACCUCAUGUCCAUAGGAACGCUGCUGGCAUACUCAUUAGUGGCUAUUUGUGUCUUAAUUCUCAGGUAUCAGCCAGGCAAUCUGAAUUCGUCCAGUCAGACGGAGAAGCUGGUGGAGCUGGUGGAAGGCGAGAAGGUGGCUGUGAGCGGCGGGGACAGCGGGGACGAGUAUGGCAUGGAGAUGGAAGACAGACCCCUCCAUGAGACAUUCACUGCCAAGCUGCUCUUCUGUCCAAGUGGAAAAAUCCCAACUAAGACCUCUGGGAUGAUAGUCUACGUUACCACAGCUGUUAUUUCUGUUCUCAUCACCAUUCUGUGCAUCAUCCUGGCAAACGGUUUGAACCAGCUGUUCGCCGGACAUGCAGCCGUUGUGGUGCCCUGCAUCAUCUUGGCUCUGCUCUGUGUCGUCUGCAUUAUCAUCAUAUGGAGGCAGCCACAGAGCAAUGAGGCUCUGACCUUCAAGGUCCCGCUGCUUCCAUGGUUGCCCCUGUUCAGCGUUUUUGUCAACAUCUACCUCAUGAUGCAGCUGGACAUUAGUACAUGGUGCCGCUUCUCGGUCUGGAUGAUUAUCGGCUUUGCCAUCUACUUCUCAUACGGUAUUAUAAACAGCAGUGAAGCUAACAACAAGUCGCCCUCAGGCAAAUACGAGCCGGCGCUGCAGAACAAAAGCCCGAUUUAUAAGGGUGGUCCUGAUGAGAGCGACCUGGAGGCCGGCAGCAGCCCCUGAAACGGACUGACCCAGAUCCGAAGCUCGUUUCCGAGCACCUGCACCCAUUCCCGAUCAUUUACAGUGCAGGCGGGUCGGAACUAGGCAUGGGCCGGUAUGAAAUUAUGAUGAUAUGGUGACCUUUGGUUUCGCGGAAUCACGGUAUUAUGGCUCCAGCUCGAAAAUGUGUUAUUUUGCAUUUUCUUUAUCAUGCUUUGACGUGAACGCAUCCGCGAUUUGCUUCUUAAAUGUUUGCUGAAUUGUGGGCUGAUCUUCUCCCUUUGACAUGACCUGUUGCUGCCAGAGGCUCUGCUUUUUCUAAAAAGGGCAGAUGUGAAUUUAACUGCAAUUUCAAAUUAGUCUAUCAUCGUAAUUUCUGUGGUCAUAGUCAACUUCAUUUGUCUUUGUAAGCUGCGUAAACUUGCAGAGCUAGUAACUAUGCAGCAGCAGAUGACCGGUGGGAUUUGACCUCCACCUUUUCGCUGACCAGACAUUACAAAAAUAAAUGCUUAUACUGCAGGCACAGUAUGACGAAGAAUUUUGUGGUUUUAAAACGGACAUUUUCAUAUCACGGUAUACGUUGAAACCGGCAACCGGCCCAUGCCUACUCAGAACGCUGCUCCGGGUUUAAAGGAAGGGAAAAGGCAAGAAAAACGCAACACACACCUUACCUCUGACUUGGAGGCCGAUCAUCUACUUGACAACUAGAUGCUGCGACGAAGCCGAUUUGCAGGUCGUCUGAGUUUUAACUUGGUUUUAUUUAGCCUUAGCCCACAGCAGGCAUUUACCUGCCUGAAUCACAUGCUUUCAAUGGAUCUGACCAACAAGGGGGUCAGAUCGUGUUUUAUUCCGUUAAAUGAAACUGCAAACCGGAAAAAUGUUACUUUUUGUUUUUUAUUGUUUGUGUGUUAUUAAUGUCCUGAGGUGGACCCAUUAAGUCACUAGUGAGUCCCAGUGUAAAUCCCAGUCAAUGACCAUUUGAGCCAUUAAGUUCACCGUCAUAAGAUCAUUCAGUGAAUCCAGCAACAAAGUGGCAGAGGACAGUAAUCCCUCUCUAAUGAAUGUGGUGCAGUAGAGGAAGUUACCUGGGUGUUUACACGUCUUGUGAGAGGCUGUGAGGUUUACAGUGUCAGUUUUUACUGGUAGGUCAGUAGCAUCUGGUCAAUGCUGAUGUUUAUGUUCAAUAUUGUGCAGCUGAAGUCUUAACUAGUAACACUAUAACCCCACUGCAUCCUAAAACUCCCUGAAAACUGGUGUAGAGCUAGUAACUACAAUAUUUAUAUGGUAUAACUAGGCAUGAGCUCAGCAAAACUACCAUGGUUUCUUGCUAUCAUCUCCAAAAUUUAAAUCAAGAAUGUAAAACAUGAAUAUUACUUGAAAUAAUGUUAUCUAUACCAUUAUUACUUAUGUUGGUAUAAAAAAAGAAGUAAAGCUAUGGAACAAACCUAUACUAAAUUUAACAGUAUAUUUCAAUUUAGGAUUUAUUAUCACAAUAUUUCGUUUAGUAUUUAUUGCGAUAAAAAAGUAUUUCCAACUAGGCCUGUCACAAAAAAACCUUUUCUAAUGCCGCCCUGGGUAACCACCCAUACGAUUAUAUCUAAAGUAGAAGGAGCAUAACAGAAAAUGUUUGCACUUUUCAAACCGCAAAUCAAAACCUUUAUAUCUACAGCCAGCCCAUGCCUACAUAUGACAUAAUUUAACAGUUUUGUUAUUUAUUUCAUCACAGUAUUAACAUGUUACCAUUCGAUUUUGUGGCCUUUGAUUUCAACUUCAGCGACUCUAAAAUGUACAUAAAACACAUAAAUCUGUGUCGUUGAACUUUCACGUCAUCCUGCUGUAUGGAUUUUAAAAUUAUUCAAUGGAUUUACCGACUUAAGAUUUUGCUAAUACCAGUUUAUCUGCCUUUUGUAUUGUUUUUUUGUUCACAUAUUUGUACAAACCGGACGAGGUUGAUGGGAUUUUGGGGGUCGGGCAUUUUCAGCAGAAAUGCAAUGAACUGUAAUGUACGUCCAAAAUAAGCCAGGGUUCAGGUCAAGUAUUACCACUAAAACGUAAUCUCUUUUUUUUUUUUUUUUUACUUCUUUGUAAAAAAAAAAAAUCUAUUCUCCAGUAAGACUCUUGAUUAGUUUCAGCUAUAUAACUUGAAAUUUUAAACCUUUUUCAGAUAAAUUACCAUCACUUGUAUUUUAGUUUUAUAAUCUUAUUUACUUCUAAUUUUGUUAGAACAUGUUAAUAUUUAUGUGUUUAUUGAUUGUUUGGUAAAGCAUUACUGUUUUUCUGCCUUUAUGUAUUCAUUUUAACUUGCUUUUUAGAUGUACAGCUUAAUGUUGAUCUUUUGUCACGUUAUAUAUUUCGUUCCUGAUCUUUUUCGACCAAACUGAAUUUUUUUACUCCGCUUUCCAAAAGCUACCAACCACAAUGAGCUGGUAUUUAAAUUAUUCUAACUAUUUUUGCCCCAAGCCUUUUUCAGUCUGAUUGAGAACUUAUUUUUAAAAGUUUUUUGUGUGUGUUGUUGUCAUAGUACAAGUGCUUUACUGUAGAGUGUACAGUAUUUGUUUAAAUAUCUUUGUAUAUUGCUGUAAAUUAUGCAAAUAUACUUUCUUUGACAUAUAAAAUUACAUGUAAACCUGAUGAGACGGUUUUUAUAUAUUACACUUGAAGGAACUGAUGCUGCUGAAGCCCAAAUUAAACUAUUUGAGAUACAAAAUGCUCCCAUGGAAGCUGGAUUAUAGAUAUCUUGAACGCGUUUAUCGGUAAAAGGUAGAAUUAAUUGUCUUUUUUUUACAGAUGGCGCAUAAGAACCAUUUGUGAAGCCGAAUGUGAAAUUUGCUCUUCAACUUUUUGAUCUGAACUUUAUGUUCUCCACGCUUACUCGCCACCAAAAUGUUCUGUGACGGGUGUUGACUCACUCAGCUCGUCACAACCCGCCCUGGUGCCUUUUUGAAAAAUCAAUCCAAUCAUUCCCCCGUAGUGCUGUACCAUUAAGAGCAACAAUUGACUUCCGUUUUGUAUUCCGUACAUAUGCUUUAUUGUGUAAAAUGAGCUGCGUUUUAAUUUUCUCCUGUUUUUUUUUUAAAUAAAAGUGAUUUAUUCUCUUGGAA